AUGAAAUCCAAGCGCCAGUUGUCGUUGAUUGCUGAUCGAAAACGGUACCUCCUCCAUACGCACACUCCAGCGCCAGGCCUUUCGCAGCUGAUUCCGACGCGUGACACGCCUUCUGCUGCACACCUUUCGUCAAGCAGCAGGCCGUCAACAUGCCCUGACUGUUCACAUAGUACGGACUUGACUUUGACGUCCAAAUCAAGGCGCACCUCGUGCAAGGAAGCUACGCAGAGCAAUCAAAUAGCGCAGACGCGAGUGCAGCUCGUGGUCUCGACACGGUUACGAGUGUACGCAGUGUUCGGUUGGUUCCUGGCCGCCAAAAGCGAGCAAAUUGGUCCUACUUUCAAGCACUCUAGACAGCCCGUGACUGUCUCGUUUGGCACACGUUGGGACAACGACAAAGCCCAUAACAGUUGCAGCAAAGGAGGUGCAGCCUCCAAAGUCUCAGCACUGAGCUUCACGGAAACUACUGCGCAAUUGAUGCACGUCCACGGCUGA